UACUUCCGGAGGGAAAUUUCACAUCACUUCCGGCGCGUUGACAAGGCUUCCUCCCCCUUAGAAAUAACCUAAAGGCUGGCGUUGCUCACGGCCGUUACUUCCGCUUGAAUGGAUUAGAGAGCCGUUCUGCUCGUCGCUCUCUAUGAUGCUCGUGGUACGUUGGUGAUCCUUCGAGGAAGAAACAAGUUGUAUCAACAUCCGGGGUAGUAGGCGGCCGUUGUUUGGGACGACGGAACGAGGUUUGUUGGAAUGGAUUUCACGGAAGCCUAUUCUGACAGAUGUUCAGCUGUAGGGCUUGCAGCUAGAGAAGGGAAUGUCAAAUGUUUGAAGAAGCUAAUCAAACAGGGAUACAGUGUUGAUGUUCCUGAUAACAGGGGCUGGAUGGCAAUUCAUGAAGCAGCCUUUUAUAACAAAAGUGACUGUCUGAAGCUCUUACUUGGAGCUGCACCCUCAGAUGACUACAUCAGAGCAAAGACAUUUGAGGGCACUUGUCCGUUGCACCUUUCUGCAAGUCAGGGAAGUUUGGAAUGUGUUGCUGUUCUUUUGAAAUCUGGAGCUAAUUCGAAUGAAGUUACUAAAGAUGCAAACACACCAUUGUUUUUAGCUGUUGAAAAUGGACACAUUGAUGUGAUAAGGCUUCUACUUCACCAUGGAGCAAAUGUUAAUGGGCCCCACUGUUGGUCUGAAUGGAAUUCUUUGCACCAGGCUUGUUUUCGGAACUAUCCUGAGAUACUGAAAUUACUCCUUGACGAAGGAGCCAGUGUAGAAUCAGAGGAUGACUUUGGGAUCACACCUUUAUUCAUUGCUUCACAAUAUGGAAAUCUGGAAUGCUUAAGGACACUUAUAUCUUAUGGAGCAAACGUCAAUUGUCAGGCCAAAGAUCGGGCCACACCAUUAUUUAUUGCUGCGCAAGAGGGCCAUGGCAGAUGUGUGGAAUUGUUGUUAUCAAAGGGAGCAGACCCAAACCUCUAUUGUAACGAAGAGGAAUGGCAGUUGCCCAUCCAUGCUGCAGCACAAAUGGGGCACCUCAAUAUUUUGCGCUUCCUUAUACCAGUUACUGAUCGGCUUUGUGGCACUGCUGAAGGCAAAAUGAGCCCCAUCUAUUCAGCCAUAUAUGGUGGACGUGAAGAUUGCUUGGAGCUGUUACUUGAGGAAGGUUACAGCCCAGAUGCACAAGCUUGUCUGUUCUAUGGCCACAGAUCACCCAUGUCUUUGGCUUUCACCAAGGGGUUGAAAUUUAAUCUCAUUCUUCUGAAAUACGGGAUUAGUCUUCAUGAAGCUGAUCUAGGCCUCUGUCUGUUCCAUGAAAAGUUCUCUUUAUUUCAGUAUUUCUUGAAGAGGGGCUGCAAGCUUCCUUGUAACCGACAUAUGAAAGAAUUUCAUGCAGUUGAUAUACAAGACCGAUACAAAAAGUGGCUGCCAUCUCUCCUGCUUGCUGGAUUUAAUCCUGUGAAUCUCCUCUGCCAGUCAUGGAUUUGCUCUGCGAACAAUGAUGCCCUGAAUUUUCUGUUAGAAUUCACUGAUUGGAAGAGACUUCCUUGGGAUGUGCAACAGAUCCUUUCAGAGCAUGAAAGAACCUCUGCAUGGGUACCUUGUAGUCACUUCGAAUCCAUCCCUUCCUUGUCUCACCUUUGCCGCCUGGAGAUCCGAUCACUUUUAACAUGCGAUCGUUUACGAUCAGACCAGUUCAUCCGGCAGUUACCAUUGCCCGCCGGUCUACAGGAUUACUUACUGUUCUUGGACAUAUUAAGAACAUAUGCUGUUUCACAGUCUUCCCUGACUUUGGGAGAAGUACAUGAAGGAGAUGCUCUGCCACCUCUAGACAUUUCAGGAACUACAGAGAGAAGAGGAACUUAGAGCUGAUGGAGGGUCAACAGAGUACCCAUAAACUUCUGGUAGUUACGAGGAGCAUGUCCUGGCUCUGUGCGGAAGUGGCUUCCAUGGCAGAGAGGUCAAUAAUUGCUCAUUAUAGGAGACACUUAACUCUUUUUUAAAGAAACUAACUGCAAUUCUAAUCAGAGUUACAGCCUUGUAAGCCCACUGAUUUCAGGGGACGUAGAAGGAUGUAACUGGGCUUAGAGUUGCAUCGUAAUGAGCUUCAAAUGAUUACAACUUUUAAUUGUAGUUUUUCCUGUAAACAGUUCAGUAUUCCAGUUAAUGAAAAUAGAAAUAAUUACUACCACUGAUCAUUCCAAAAUAAAGACCAACUUUUUUUUGCAACCAUGUGGACACAGUUGUCUGUCUUUACAAUCAAAAAUGUAACUCAUCCUGGCAUUAAUUUGAAUAUUACUACAAUGACCUGAAUUCUUCAGUGCAAUUGACAUUUCCAGUUUGUGUAUCGGGAGCAGGACUAGGAAAAACUGGAUCCCCUAUAAUCACUUUAGAGAAGAAUCUAGUAUGCGUGUGACUCCCUAAAGGAAAGGUGGCUUCUGGAGGCAGUAAUGCAACUACAUGUGGAUAGAGCAGCGUGGGCAUGGCUGUUUGCAUGUUCUCUGUUUUGUUCUGUUCUGUUGGGUUUUGGUCCUGGCCGAUGUUUACUGAUGAGAAAAGGUAACCAAUCACUCUUUGUCCCUUUGCAAAACAUCAUCUUUUCUUUAGUGGUGACACAAUCAUUUUAGUAGCUUGCUCUAUAAAGUGACAUAUAGGCCCUGACCAAAUCCUAAGCCAUCUUUCCUCUUGAAAGGUUUUAGAUGGGUAGCCGAGUUUGUCUGUAGUAGAGUGUAAGCUUUUAAAAGUUAGCGCUCCCUUCUUCAGACACGAGUAGGAAUGGAAAUCCUGAGCCUUUAUAUCCCAGCCAAAAGGUGGGUGGAAGGCAUCAGCAUGUAAAGGUACAAUGCAGCUUGAUCAGAUGGGUUUGCUACA